CGUCUUAUAUAUUAGAGAAAUUGUAAUAAAUGACGACUUGAAGGUAGAGAAAAAGCUACUCCACCUUCAAUUGUAACUAGCCGGGCGGUCUGGUGUCCGAGUCAAUUGGUCAGACGACGACUACACAAUGACAACACCAACAUAUAACCUUUUAUGCAUAGGAUCAUUCAUGUUUUUACUAUGUUUCAGCAUUGGCUUUGGUCGCAAAAACCUACAAGACAAGCUCGGUGACACUCUAUUUGCCUCCAAACCUGUUGAAGCAACCGAGCUUAGAGCCGCUUUGGUUUCUAACACCGAAGCUAGAGACAUUUCAGGUAGUAUUGGUUUGGGAGAGGUUGGAAGUCAAGAGAUGCAUCAUAUUUACAUAGAAACAGGUGAAGAUUCAAGUCUUGUAAAUAAACAAGACAAUAUAAACUCUAUGCCUAGGAAGGUUAUAAGGGGUACCGUUUCCAUCUCAUUCUCAUUUCCUAUCAUCAGAAUUAAGGUUCCUAUUCCGAAGCCAAAUAUUACGGUGGCUGAAAGAAACCAACUCAAUGAAGAAGAGAUUAAAGGCAUUGUCAUAACUCCAACGAAGACUAAUGAGUUUGGUCUUUCCCUUGGAAAUGACGGUGCAGAGCUCGGAUACAACUACCAAUAACCAACCACAAGAACCACAUAUUGAAGGCCUUGCCACUUUCCUAAGGGUUGUGCUGGAGAUACUGAAGUUACUAUAAAAGCAUAUGACGUAUUGAUAAAGUUAUGGUUUUAAAGAGAAAUAAGUUGCUGGUGGCCAACGAGUAUAACAAAAUAUGUUGCGAUUUUAACAAAAACUUGCUAAUACGUUUGACUCUAGAAUGAAAAA